CUUUUUCAAAAGCAUGGAACUGCAUUCCGCCGGCGGUGCUCGCACCAAUCUCUGCGAACCUCCCCGCAUCGUCACCCACUCUUUCCAAGAUUCGAACCUCGACGCAAUGGUCAAAACGCUGCUCGAGAACUGGCACCCCUUCGCCCCCUCGACAUCUUCAGCCCUCCUCAACUGCAAAAAAGAACGCCAACAAGACGGUCAGCUGGCCUCGAAUAUCACAACGCGCGCGCUGACUCUCGAUCGCGUCGCCGCCAUUAGGCAAAGGAGCACCAACCUCUUCGUCUGUUAUCCCAGAAGCCACAGAAAAGCCAACUUCAUAGAAGUGGUCACGCCUCCCGACCGCCUCUUCCUGAGCGUUCAUCCGAGAAAGUCCAAGUCCAAUCGUCGACGUCAAAUGAAGAACGCCGUCGUGCUUCUCGCCUCCUCGAAAAGUCUCUGCCGUUGCCUGCCAAAGUUCACGCCUGAAUCUGUCAGGGCGGUCUCGUCCCUCUUUCACUCGUUACAAAUUCAGGCAGACCUCCCCCUGCCGCCCGCCGCCCGGAUCGAAACGCUUCAACAGUCCCCUAUGGAAGAAGCCCGUGCAUUCUCGGCGAGCAACUGGACCCCCUAGCCGCGAGUCUCCGAGCGGCCGAGAAGAACGCGUCGUGGUGUUCUGUGAGAAAAAAAAAAAAUUCACUUUUUCGUCGUUACCUUUUUUUUCCUGAAGGUGCCUUCGGCGAGCGAUUGGACUUCCCCGACUGCGCCCUCGGGGAAGGAAAGACGCACCUGCGCGGCGUCGGUUUCGCGGAGGGCGACCCGGCUCGCGCGGCGCUAUGUAAAAAAAAAAAGAAAAUAGAGAAAUACAUUUUU